AUGUCCUGCUCGCAUCCUGGGUCGGUCCACAACUUUACGAUUCUUCACUCGCGACAAGUAAUCCACAAGGCCAUGCUCGAGAAGACUCCGGACGAGUUGUUGCGUCCUGACCACGGGGAAUUGUCCACUCAGUAUCCUGAGAGUUGGGCCUGCUUGGUGGGCAUGGCAUACAUUGGCAUCGGGCACGUCCUGCGUGGAAUCCACCCAAAGCUGCGUCCAGCGAAUGGCAUGUUGGAUGCUGACGACUUGGAGCGGAAUGAGCGGAUCUUGUCGGAUCGCGUGGUGGUCGAGAAUUUCUUUGGACGUGUGUGUGCGUUGUGGAAGAUAUCGUACGCUACGUUCUCAUGGUCGGAGAAGAACUACGAUGUCAUCCAACGAACGACUUUUUCAUUGACGAACUUCCAUUUGUCUCUUAUGCCCCUCCGCAGCGACGACGAGACGUUCUACGCGUAUGUCAUGGCGCGCUACGAAAGAAUGGCGACUGAGAAGAAACGCAAACGUGCGGAGUCUCAACGGCGAUAUCGAUUGAAUCGCCAAGAACGACUUACAUUGGACCACAAUAAUGCAGAGCGUCUUCGUUUUAGCUAA